CUAAGUCGAAUUUGUUCAGACUAUGCUUUCCUUACUUCUAGACUAAUUCGCCAUUCCUCAAAUCCUUUGUCCUUCCUACUUAGAAUAAUAUUGUUUUAUCACUGAGUGGAUCCGGUGCUGCGGCAGCACUUCUUCACCCCAAUGGAAGGAUCUAUCAGUACGGAUCACGGGUUGAAAUCCUGGCUCACGACACCCAUGGAAACAACAAAUACGCCAAAAUGUGGUACAAGGGCGUCAGUUUCACGUCCGAACAGUGCGCUUUAUUCUACCUGGUUGAUACCGCUGGAACGAGAACGACUACCGACACAUUUUCCGACAUGAGUCAGGACUUUUCUCUGAGCGUCUUUUACUCAGAAUCUCGACACGGCCCAGCCUGUCUCCAGGAAGCUGCAACCGCCCUUAGCGCCGCUCAAUACUGGCUCACUGACGAAGGUGUUGAAAAUUGGAUAAUAAACAACGUCAGAGUUUCCCAAACUCCCGACGGGCUUGUUAGAAUUGCAAGAAAUAGUAACAAGUAUCAACUCCGUACGUCGCCAAGCAACGGCACAGCGUCUCUUACAACUCCCUUUUUACACUGCACGGCAUCUUUGGGACAAACUUCGCACUUGUUUGUCCGCAGGGGCGAAAGACGCAUGCAUUACGACGGAACAAGUUUUAUAGUCCGAAACGCUGGUCAUAGCGCCGGUUUUGAUGACAACAAUCAAUUGAAAGUUUACUAAACUAAUUAUCAUGAAUUCGGUCACACACUGCUCAGCCGAAUGAAAAUUUAUUUGGAGAUUAUUACUUUCUAUUGGUAAAAUAUUUUUCUACAUGGUUUGUUUUGUGAGAAAGAGGGGGCUCGGCAUUUGCUUUAAACAUUAUAUUCAUUGUGCCAAGAAAUUUCGGCAAGGGAAUUGUUACGACGCCUCAAGUAUCGGGAAAGUAAUCACGAUCGGCAACAAGAUUACGCUUGAAAUAUAAUUAAGGCAUUGUUCAACAUCUAGAAGAAGUUUAUGAUCGAAAAAGAUACGGAGUCUUAACAGCCGUUUUUUUUAAGUUAGAAAUUUAAUUGAAUUCUUUUCAGAAUAAUAAGUUUAGUAAUUUAAUUGAUAGCCACUUAUGAUCCGUACGCACAUGCGGAGAACCCAGUGUUUUUUUUUUUUCAUUUCCAGAACAUUACAAUUUUAAGGCUUAUUUGUUCAAGGAGCCAAUUGUUUAAUGCACGAUUCAUAUUUACGUAAACGAUAUUCUCUACACCAAUGUGCACUUUUCAAUAAAAAUAUAGAAAAUGAAACGCAUCAAAUUUGUUGGUAUGUAAUGUUAGAUACUAACUUUAAUUAUCAAAUGUGGGGCUACUUCAACAGUUCAGAUAUUUGUUGGACCAAUCAUACUCAUUCAGAAUCUGAAGAUUCUUCGAAUCUCUCUGGUAAAUCAGGAUUGUAAUUAUCCAGUUGGUUCAUUUCUAACGCUUCCUCAUCUGAUGAAUCAGUGUCAAACCCAUGUCCAAUUUUUGCUCGAGAUUUGUCUGGGAAACUUUUCCUACAAUGUAACAUUGGCAAAUAUCUUACGCAGUUUACGACAAAAAGAAAAGCAUACUAGCAUUCCACUCUACUGAACACAGAUCAAACGAAAAGUGGGGGAAUCCAAUUGGACUAACAAUACCAUCCAGAAUAAAAAAAUCAGCAGCACGUGACAGAAUAUUCAUGAUAAGCGUGGUUAAAAUGUGGAUUUAGCGAAGCAGAAAUGAACAAUUACCAGCAUCUUGUACU